GCCGCCGCCGUCACCGAAACUCCCUCCACCCCCAAUCCCAGCUCAUUGGGGAAUUGUCGGAGGUUCUAGAGGCUCCGAUUUCUCUCUCCUUCUCACACAACUACCCACCUCACUCCAUCUCCCCGAUCGCCACUACCGGUGAGCUGGUCUGAUCCGAUCAACGUCGUCAUUCUCGUGAGAUUCCAUCUUCGCCCGUCUCGUCGUUCAGGCAUUUAUCCCACUGUUCAUGUAGGCCUCGAGCCUCCGUUGACGCAUCCGGAGACAAUCCGCGAAUUGCCUGCAACAACAUCCAAACUCGCGUACCUCAUCAACUGAGGUACUCGCAAAUCACAAACAGCUCACAUCUUGAAACCAACCACUUGGCUUGCCACCUUACCAGAUAUUUCGUCCAUCAUGCCCGACAACGAUUCCUCGGACAACUUCUUUGUCCGGUUCAAGCAAAAGGUUGACGAUCAUGUCGCCUCGGCUUUCCAGAGAGUCCUGGGCAUUCCCACCGCAGUGUGCCGCCUCAACAGCAGCUGGCCCGAGCCUCCCCGACCGUCCCAGAUCGACAAGAAUGGGCGCAGAAUCACAACAGCAUCAGAUGGCAGCGGCGCCACAGAUGCCGUCCAACCCCAUGAGUCGCUCUCACAGUACCCCCACCGGAGCGUGUUCGACCUCUUCUCGUCAAUGUCGCCAAUGCAGGCGCUUUUCGAGGCCGACAAGCUCACAGAGUCCCUGUACCAGGUCUUGUGGAUUUCGUUUCUCAUCGACUCGCCAUACUCGCCGUUGCGGCUCCAUGACCUGCCGCAGCCCACCCCUAAGGACCUCCCCGAGGGCGCUGACCCGACUCUGUUUGGUUUCGAGGACGCGUUCGAGGACCUGCUCAUGGUCAGCAGCGGCCAAGGCUUGCCGGACAUCAACGAACGGGUCCGCUUCCGGAAGGAGUGCCGCGACUCCUUCCCCCGAGGGUUGCCACCGAUCCUCUGGCUUCACCAACUCACUCGUCAGGGCCUGUGGGAUGGCUGGCUCACGAGACCCGAGGUGCUGGACGGGGCCGUGAGUGAGCGGUGGCGGCGGUGGUUGCAAGAGCAGGAUGACCCCUUCCAUGAAGGGAGAUCGCUGCCCGCCCCGAACCAGCCAUCGCCCAAGGAGCCCGAGAUGGCGCCAGUGUUUGAGAAAGCGGCACGGGAGUUGCGAGCUCGUCCAGAGCAAGACGACCAUGGCGAGACGGAGGAGGAUUCUUACUUCUCAGUCAUGGGCAAGGCCCGUCUUAACACAUCUCGCGAGACGUCAACAUCCACACCCACAUCCGAGUCACCCAAGUUAAACUCAACCACGCGAGACCUCUCACCACGAGGCCUCCCCGCUGGCUGGAGAAUGGUGGAAAAGGUUCAGGAACAAGAGGACGCGAAGGGCAACGUUCACGUCACCAAGACGGUCACGACGUUCAACGAUAGGGGCGAGGAGGUCGGCAGGCAAACUGAGAGGCGUUCCGAGUACACUUGGUCGGCGACUUUGUCGACGGGCAAUGGCAAGAACAGGGAUCAGCAGCAGCGAGAUGCUAACGGGGAUGGAAAUGACAAGAGCAGUUGGUUUUGGAAAUGAAAUAGCGACUUCCUGACUUUCUCCCUCCUUCUCUUUCUUGGUUUUUUCCCCCCUGGCGUUAUUGGCAUGCGAUGGAAUCAAGGGUCGACAGUACGAAACAAAACGCCAGCAUCAGUGUACAGAGUAAGAUUACCGGGCAAAUUGAGAAUACCAAAACAGUCAAAGCCGGGAAUAGGAACUCGAACUAACAGCCGAGUC